AUGGCCCCAACGAGCAACAUCCUGCGCGCCGCCCGGCCGCUGUUCCGCCAGGGCGCUGCUGGACCCUCGCCCUUCUUCAACAGCCAGACGCAGCACAUGUUCCGCAACCAGUUCCGCCAGCAGAGCAAGCGAUGGCAGAGCACGACCUCGGAGCAGCAGUCGGCCAGCUGGUUCAAGAAGGCGUGGGAGAGCGAGGUCGGCAUCAAGACGGUGCACUUUUGGGCUCCCGUCAUGAAGUGGGCUCUCGUCUUGGCAGGCAUCUCUGAUCUGACCCGACCGGCCGAGAAGCUGUCCUUUGCGCAAAACUUCUCCCUCAUGUGCACCGGUCUCAUCUGGACGCGCUGGUGCUUCGUCAUCACCCCCAAGAACAUGCUCCUCGCUGCUGUCAACUUCUUCCUCGCUCUGGUCGGAAUUGCUCAAAUUUCUCGUAUCACCAUGCACAACCUGUCCAAGAAGGAUGGUGACGAGGCUGCUGUCGAGGCCAAAGUCAAGGCUUAA